AUGCCCUCCGCCGAGCCUCCCUCUUUGUCCUCCAGGCCUUCAAAGCCAUUCUCCAUCUCCUUUGGGUCCGCAAGACCUAAGACUGCCCCCACCCCGGGCCCCAAGAAGCGUCCCCACUCUGCCCUCGCAGACCACUCAGACGGUGAAGAUGAAGCACAGCCUGCGGCCGAGCUAGUGUCCGGAUUUGACCAAUCCGGUGCUGUUGUCACUAAUGGAAGGAAAGAAGAGAAGGCGCCACUUAUCAUACAGGUGGAGAAGAACCGCGACUGGAGGGAAGAGAGCAGGAAGAAGAGGCGGAAAAACCUUUUACCAGCGGAGGUACAGGCCGGUCGAUCAGGAAGGUCGGUGGAGCUGAAGGCCGCCCAAGUGGAACGGGAUGAAGUCUCGAGACAGUCGGGCAUAUCCUUUGUGCAGAAGGAUCAAGAUGGCGACACCACAAUGGCUGAGGGGCAGGCCUCCCAACAUGCCAUAGAGCAGACACCCAAAUCUACGAAGACUGCCGAUGAAGAAGCGAUGGAGGCCCUACUGGGUGGCGAGAAGAAGUCGAACCUCGUCGUCCCCGCCCUAGAGAACGAAAGGGAUGGCUACCAGCCCGAGGAAGACGCCUACGAAGACAAUACGAAUGAAGAUGACCGUUUCAAGGCCGACGUCGCAUCCCGUCCUGACGUUCCCACAUUAGAUGAUUACGAGGCCACCCCUGUCUUCGACUUUGGUCCGGCCAUGCUCCGCGGCAUGGGCUGGAAAGAUGGAGAGCCAAUCGGCAAACGAAGAACCCAAGGUACCACGACCAACAAACCUCGUAUCGUGGAGAGGCGACCGGCUUUGUUGGGUAUUGGUGCGAAAGAGGUGCCGACCGGUGUCGGCGACGAUGAGCUUGGGAGCGUGGGGUAA